AUGGCCAAGGAAGGCGUGGAGAAGGCGGAGGAGACGGAGCAGAUGAUCGAAAAGGAGGCAGGCAAGGAGCCGGCCGAGGGCGGCGGCGGCGGCGGCUCUCACCGCCUCGGGGACGCCCAGGAGAUGCGCGCCGUGGUGCUGGCCGGCUUCGGGGGGCUCAACAAGCUGCGGGUCACCCGGAAGGCCAUGCCCGAGCCGCAGGACGGCGAGCUCAAGAUCCGCGUCAAAGCCUGUGGUUUAAACUUCAUUGACUUGAUGGUGCGCCAGGGGAAUAUCGACAACCCUCCCAAGACCCCCCUGGUGCCAGGAUUUGAGUGUUCUGGGAUUGUUGAAGCCCUAGGGGACAGCGUUAAAGGAUUUGAGAUCGGGGACCGUGUCAUGGCAUUUGUUAAUUACAACGCCUGGGCAGAGGUGGUGUGCACACCUGUGGAGUUUGUCUACAAGAUCCCCGAGGACAUGAGCUUCUCUGAGGCCGCUGCCUUCCCCAUGAACUUCGUCACCGCCUACAUGAUGCUCUUCGAAGUCGCCAACCUCCGAGAAGGGAUGUCUGUGCUCAUACACUCGGCUGGCGGCGGCGUGGGCCAAGCUGUGGCUCAGCUGUGCUCCACUGUCCCCAGCGUGACUGUCUUUGGAACAGCUUCUACUUUCAAGCACGAAGCUAUCAAGGACUCCGUGACCCACCUCUUCGACAGGAAUGCAGACUAUGUGCAGGAAGUGAAGAGAAUCUCUGCGGAAGGAGUGGACAUUGUUUUGGAUUGCCUCUGUGGGGACAACACCGGGAAAGGCCUCAGCCUUCUCAAGCCACUGGGGACCUACAUUUUAUACGGUUCAUCCAACAUGGUGACUGGAGAGACCAAGAGCUUCUUCAGCUUCGCAAAAUCAUGGUGGCAAGUCGAGAAGGUGAACCCCAUCAAGCUAUACGAAGAGAACAAAGUCAUCGCUGGGUUUUCCCUUCUAAACCUGCUCUUCAAACAGGGCCGUGCUGGCCUCAUUCGGGGCGUGGUGGACAAGCUCAUUGCACUCUACAACCAGAAGAAGAUCAAGCCCGUGGUGGACUCUCUGUGGGCCCUGGAGGAGGUGAAGGAGGCUAUGCAGCGGAUCCACGACCGAGGGAACAUCGGCAAGUUAAUUCUGGACGUAGAAAAGACCCCGACUCCACUGAUGGCCAACGACAGCACAGAGACCAGCGAGGCGGGCGAAGAGGAGGAGGACCACGAGGGAGACGGCGAGAACAAGGAGAGGAUGCCCUUCAUUCAGUAGCCGCGGCCCAGGCG